ACAAUUUCUCACGCACGCACGCAUUGCCUCUCACAUCUCCCGGCCAGCCCAGCCAGCCAGCAAGCCAGCCCAGCCAUGGCUAUCAUAAGAGCCACUGCAGCAGAGCAGAACAGAGCAGGGCAGAGGAGAGAGAAGACAGAGGGCCCUUUGGUUUUCUUUGGAGGGAGAGCUGUCCAAGAUAUCAUACACGGCUACCUCACCCCGGCCUCGCCCUCGCCUGACACCCCCUGAUUCGUCGAAUCCCAAUUAAUUCACAAGGUCCCCAAUAUAAACAGGGCCCAGAGGCCACACAAGGGGACAGACCCCCAGCUCCUCUUUUGCUCCCCGUUUCCUUGUUCCUCUCCUCCUCUUAACUCGCUCCAGUGGUUAGGAAGAGGACCUCUUAUUUUGUUUGCUACUGGGAGGCGUUUGGUCCCCUGCUCUGCUUUAAUUUGGACUCUCUUUUUCGACUGGAUGUCAAUGGAGAGCUACGGCCACCACUUCGACAGUAGCGAAGCCCAACUACCCCCUGGUUUCCGGUUCCACCCCACUGAUGAGGAGCUGAUAACUUACUAUCUUCUUAAGAAGGUCCUUGAUAGCAGUUUCACCGGCCGAGCAAUCGCUGAGAUUGACCUGAACAAGUGUGAGCCUUGGGAGCUUCCAGAGAAGGCUAAGAUGGGAGAGAAAGAGUGGUACUUCUUUAGUCUUCGGGACCGCAAGUAUCCAACGGGGCUCCGAACUAAUAGGGCUACUGAUGCUGGGUACUGGAAAGCUACCGGGAAGGAUAGAGAGAUCUACAGCUCAAGGACUGGUUCUCUGGUGGGGAUGAAGAAGACUCUAGUGUUUUACAAGGGGAGGGCUCCUAAGGGGGAGAAGAGUAACUGGGUAAUGCAUGAAUACAGGCUGGAAGGCAAGUUUGCCUACCACUUCCUCUCCAGAUCCUCCAAGGACGAGUGGGUGGUCUCGAGGGUCUUCCAGAAGAGCGGCUGCGGCAAGAAGGCCCGCGUCGGCCUUGCCGGAUCCCACUACUCCGAAUCCACCAGCGUGUCCCCGUCCGCCGCCUCCCUCCCUCCGCUCUUUGACUCCUCGCCAUACGGCGCAGCCGCCGCAGCGGGCGAUCGGGACAGCUGCUCCUACGAGAGCACCGAGAGGGAGCCCGUGCCCUGCUUCUCCACCGUCGUUGCCACCACCGCCUCCUCCGGCCUCGGCCACCACCACCACCACCACCUCGCGCCGCCUCCAGUGCCGAACAUGUUCGGCCGGAGCACCGCCGGCGGCGUUGUGGGGUCGGUGUUCCCGUGCCUCCGCUCGCUCCAAGAGAACCUCCAGCUGCCGUUCUUCCUCUCCACGCCCGCGCCGCCUGUGGGCGUCGCUGCGUCUGCGGCGAUGGUCUGCGACGGCGGGGUGCACCACCGGGUGGAGGAGAUUGGCGUCAACUGCUGGCCGUCGGAUCUGGAACGGAAGGCGGAGGUAGCCGGAAGGGCGCAUCAGAUGACGGUGGGCUCCACCGAGUUAGACUGCCUGUGGACCUUCUAAACUCUAUUUGUGCUGUCUUUUUGUUGAAAUGACUGGAUAUGACUCUGGUUUUGUCGUGAUGACUUAUUAUAUAUAUCUAUCGGUAUUCGGUUAGGUUAGCA